AUGCAUUCCUCUACUACUACCACUACUACUACAACUACUGCUACUACAGUAUCUGGGCAAUUCAACUUCCCCAAGGAGGAAGAGAAGAUCCUUCAGUUCUGGAGAGAAAUCGAUGCCUUCAAUCGGUCGUUGGAAUUGAACAAGGACAAGAAACCAUACACUUUCUUUGACGGUCCACCAUUCGCCACUGGUCUUCCUCAUUAUGGUCACUUGUUGGCUGGUACCAUCAAGGAUAUCGUUACUCGUUAUGCUCACAACACCGGUCAUCACGUGGAACGUCGCUUCGGUUGGGAUACCCAUGGUCUUCCCGUCGAGUAUGAAAUCGACAAGAAGCUUGGUAUCUCGGGCCGUGAUGAUGUGAUGAAGAUGGGUAUCGACAAGUACAACGCCGAAUGCCGUGCUAUUGUCAUGAGAUAUUCCAGCGAAUGGAGAAAGACCGUCGAACGCAUGGCUCGUUGGAUUGAUUUCGACAAUGAUUACAAGACGCUCAACCCUACCUUUAUGGAAAGCGUUUGGUGGGUCUUUAAGCAGCUCUUCGACAAGGGCCAGGUGUAUCGUGGUCAAAAGGUGAUGCCUUAUUCGACAGCUUGCCACACUCCUUUGUCCAACUUUGAGUCGUCUCAAAACUACAAGGAUGUCAAUGACCCUGCAGUCGUUGUUGGUUUCCCUCUCUUGAGCGACCCCUCCACUCAAUUGCUUGCAUGGACCACCACUCCUUGGACCUUGCCAUCCUGUUUGGGUGUUACUGUACAUCCUGAAUUCGAAUACGUCAAGAUCAAGGAUGAGUUGACAGGCAACCACUACAUUCUUUUGGAGAAACGUCUUGAUGCUCUCUACAAGGACCCCAAGAAGGCCAAGUUCACUGUUCUCGAACGCUAUAAGGGUGCCGACAUGAAGGGUUGGGAAUUCGAGCCCAUGUUCCCAUACUUUGAAAAGGAAUUCAAGGGCAAGGGUUACAAGGUCAUGGUGGAUAACUAUGUCACUGAUGAUUCGGGUACUGGUAUUGUCCAAAACGCCCCCGCCUUUGGUGAAGACGAUUACCGUGUAUGCUUGGAACAUGGUGUCAUUGAUGCUGAUGGUUUCCUUCCUUGUCCUUUGGAUGAAAAGGGUUGCUUUACCGAGGCCGUGACUGAUUUCGCUGGCCAAUACAUCAAGGAUGCCGAUAAGGGUAUUCAAAAGGACAUGAAGCAACGUGGCCGUUUGAUUGUGCAAUCCCAAAUGAAGCAUAGUUAUCCCUUCUGCUGGAGAUCUGAUACACCUUUGAUCUAUCGUGCCAUUCCCGCUUGGUUCGUUCGCGUCCAACCUGUUGUUGACAAGAUUUUGGGAUGCAAUGAAAAGAUGCGAUGGGUGCCAUCCUUUGUUCAGGAGAAGCGUUUUGCCAACUGGAUCGCCAACGCUCGUGAUUGGAACAUUUCUCGUAACCGUUAUUGGGGUACCCCCAUCCCUCUUUGGGUGAGCGAUGAUUUGGAAGAAAUUGUUGCUGUUGGCUCGAUCAAGGAAUUGGAGGAGCUUAGUGGUGUAUCUCCCAUCACUGAUAUCCAUCGUGAGAGCAUUGAUCACAUCACCAUUCCUUCCAAGACUGGACGUGGUGUCCUUCGCCGUAUUGAAGAAGUCUUUGAUUGCUGGUUCGAGUCUGGUUCUAUGCCUUAUGCUCAACAACACUAUCCUUUCGAGAACAAGGACAAGUUUGAGAACGCUUUCCCUGCCGAUUUCAUUUCGGAAGGUAUUGAUCAAACUCGUGGUUGGUUCUACACUUUGCUCGUUCUUUCGACCCACCUCUUCAAUGAACCACCUGCCAAGAAUGUCAUUGUCAGCGGCUUGGUUCUUGCAGCCGAUGGCAAAAAGAUGAGUAAGCGUCUCAAGAACUAUCCUGAGCCUGGCAUUGUGUUGGACAAGUAUGGUGCUGAUGCCCUUCGUUUGUACUUGAUCAAUUCGCCUGUUGUGCGUGCUGAGACUCUCAAGUUCAAGGAGGAAGGUGUCAAGGAAAUCAUCUCCAAGGUCUUCUUGCCCUGGUACAAUGCUUUCAAGUUCUUUAUCACUCAAACUGCCGUCUUGAAGAAGGAAUUCGAUCUCGACUUUGUGUAUCAGCAUGACAUCAAAAAGUCCGAUAAUGUCAUGGAUCGCUGGGUGCUUGCCAGUUGCCAGUCAUUGAUCAAGUUCAUUCGUGAUGAGAUGGGUGCCUAUAGACUCUACACUGUUGUGCCCCGCCUUCUCAAGCUUGUCGACACCUUGACCAAUUGGUAUGUCCGCUUCAACCGUAAGCGUCUCAAGGGUGAAAAUGGUGUUGAAGACGCUACUCAAGCCAUGAACACUCUUUUCGAAGUUUUGUUGACCUUGUGUUUGACCAUGGCUCCUUUCACCCCCUACUUGACUGAGAACAUCUACCAAACUCUCAAGCAAUUCAUUCCAAAGAACGACAAUGUCGCUGAUGAUCGCUCCGUUCACUUCCUUGACUUCCCUACUGUUCGUGAAGAAUACUUUGAUCCCGAGAUCGAGCGUGCUGUCGGCAGAAUGCAAGCUGUUAUUGAACUUGGUCGUACCAUCCGUGAAAAGAAGAACAUCUCCCUUAAGACUCCUCUUAAGGAACUUGUUGUGAUCCAUCCUGAUCCUCAGUAUCACGCGGACAUCAAGGCUCUUGAAAGCUACAUUGUUGAGGAAUUGAACGUUCGUGAAAUCUUGGUCACUUCCGAUGAAGACAAGUUCGGUGUCAAGUACAGAGCCGAGGCUGAUUGGAAGGUGCUUGGUCAAAAGCUCAAGAAGGAUGCUAUGAAGGUUAAGAAGGCUUUGCCUGGUAUUACCAGCGAGCAAGUCAAGGAGUUUGUCCGCGCCAAGGAAAUGGUUGUGGAUGGUAUCAAGGUCACUGACGAGGACUUGAAUGUUGUUCGUUACUUUGAUCAAGAGAAUGCUCGUUAUGAAACAAACACUGAUCGUGAUGUGCUUGUCUUAUUGGAUGUGCAACGAUAUCCCGAACUCGAACAAGAAGGUGUUGCACGUGAAGUGAUCAACCGUGUCCAACGUUUGAGAAAGAAGGCUGGUCUUUUGCCCACGGAUGAAAUCAACAUGUACUACCGAUUAACCAACGAUCCUGAGCAUGAGCUUGAGAGCGUUAUGAAGAACCAGACUGCUAUCAUGAUCAAGGUUAUCAAGAAGCCUGUCUUUGAUAUCACAGAGAAGAAGGAUGGUGAAGAAGUAUUUGCUGAGGAGCCCCAAGAGAUCAACAAGUUGACAUUUGACCUCAUCUUCACAAGAUAA